UUAUCGCGGAUUUACUUAUCUGUGCUGUCAUUGUCACGCCUGCCUCUUCUGUGUUCGACUCAUUUUGGUUGUGGUUUCUUUUCUAAUUCAAGAGAUUGAAAGAUAUAAAACGCGUGUUUGGAUAAUUUUGUAGACGUGCAUUUCACUCAUGAUUGUUUACUAAUUGUUGGGGCCGUGAAGUUGAUUAGAACUCAUUAAAGAUGAUGAGUGACGACGAUCGUGACAUCGAUAUUGAAAGUGAUGCAGAAAAUGACUCGGACUCUAGAACACAUGCCAGGAAUAGUGUUGGUGGCAGUGGAUAUUACUCCCAGGUAAAUUGUGCAGAGAAAAGGGCACACCAUAAUGCAUUGGAAAGAAAGAGAAGAGAUCACAUAAAGGACAGUUUCACAUCAUUAAGGGAAUCAGUACCAGCUCUCCAGAAUGAGAAAGUGGUAUGUUCAAAAAUUGCCAGUCGAGCACAAAUAUUAAAAAAGGCAGCUGAGUACAUACAGUUUAUGAGGAGAAAAAACAAUUCACAUCAACAGGACAUAGAGGAUUUAAAGAGACAAAAUAACAUACUUGAAACACAAAUUAGAGCAUUGGAAAAAGCUAGACAGUCUGGCAACUAUUCAGAUGCUCACGAGCUAGGGUUAGGCGUCAAAUCUGAAGGGGAUUCUCAUGACACUGACAGUUCUGACGGAGAAGCCACCACGCGUCGCGUCAAGAAGCUUAAAAUUAAUGGAGUCAUGUCUAGUAAUUAACCGAGGUUGUGAGAUGAAUUCAUCUUAGCUAAUGAUGACUCAGGAUUCACACAAAUUGUUAACCAAUAUGAAAGAAUUACUUUGUUCCAAUACAUAUGUAUAUUUUUGAUACAGAUGAAAUGAAAUUAAGUAGGUAAAGUAAUAAACUUAAUGUGUAGCGUGUUAGUGUUUUAUCUAAUAAUUGUAAUAGUUUUAAUGUUAAAUGUAUGCAACUAGUUUUACUUAUACAAGCAGUUUCAUGAAACAAUAAUGUUGUGUUGUGUUCUGGACAUAGGGAUUGAAAAAAAAAUUAGCUAUGCAAAUGUCCAAUGUACAGUCAGGUCCUCAACAUUUUAUUGCAUAAUGUUAAAUGUAAUGAAGAAUGAAUUAAUGUGUAUUGUCUGAUGUACUAUUUUGUACAAUCUUCAAUUAUUUUUUUAAUUAAUUAGUCUAAUGUUAGAUGAUACAGCACCACAAUAUACUUUAGUUUUUUUUUCUGUUAUUAUGAUACAAGCAAGUAUUGGUUUUAUUUAUGUUGAAGUCUUGGCAGACGUUACUGAGAGUAAUUCAUCUUUCUAACUAAUGUAUAAUAUUAUGUUCUUCGAUAAAUAAGUGAUAAGUAAACUUUACAUUGAAUUUUCUUAUUGAUCUGUUUCUAAUAACGAAAGAUUAUUUUAAGCGUGAUACAAUACAUUUCUAAUUUUAAUGUUAUCAUUUAUUGAUAAUUUAAUUAAUUGAAUAUUUUAAUGUGCCUGUCAAUGUUUUCCGUUGGAACUUAUAUAAUGUUGAAUUGUUUACCACUUCAAAGAAACAAUGCCAGUUGUCAAUAUGCAAGUUAGAAUACUGCAAUGUGCAGUUCUAUUUUUUAUAACAUUAUUGUUAUGUGUGUAUGUUUAGGAUUUUAAUUCUAAUUUCAUUGAGCCUAAGGCCAAACAGUUUGUGACGAACUAACAUUAAUUUAGAUAAGGCUCCUUCAUGGCAUAUCUUCAUGUUUAUGAAGAUACCACUGCACCAUGAUGUUCACACUUUUAUUUCAUGCCAUUCUUGAAUAUUAUUGUAUGUUGUCAAAUCGGUUCAUAAAAUUGCAAUAAUAAGAAUUUGAUUGAUAAUUUGAUUAAAUGAUAUGAUUAUUUUUUUUAUACUCAUCUUAUGGAUUAUGUAUCAUUGUAAUAUUAAAUACCAAAUUUAUUUUAACAAAUAUAAUGUAAUGACCGUACAUUUUCUUGUCUAUUUCUGGUACAUAUUACCUAUUCGGGAUUUUAAGAUAAUUCAAUUUGAAGUAAUAGAUGUAAGGUUUAGUCUUCUUGAACAAUGAGUGUGAAUAAGAUUACUACACAAAUGAUGCACGUAAAGAAACAUAGCCCUUCUCAGCAGUCGGGUAAUAAAGGACGUAAUUGUACGGUCAGACUCGUCAGACCUUUGUUGAUAGGUACGAAAUAAAGUGCAAUACUUGCGUAGUAAGUUUUAUGCUUCAUGGUAUUAUUAUUUUUGUAUAAUUUUUGUCAUUGCAAAUAAAUUCUAGAUAUAAAUAUUUUUUAAUUAAUAAAAAAAUGUUAUUUUGUAAAGUUACUGAAAUGUGUUUGUUCUAGAAGACUAAAUAGUUUUAACGAAAAAAUAUACUUAAGUACUCUGUUAAAA